AUUAUAUUAUUAUUGUAUGUAUAUUUGGUGUUGCUGUCCUUCUCCUUGUUUGCACGUGUGUGUAUAUAUCUGUUUCUGCGGGCGCCUUCAGGCCUGGUGGGUGUGGCCCUGCUGGCGGACUGGCCACACCCGAAGCCACACACCUGCUGCUGAUCAGGCCUCGUCGGGGGAGCCACUUAGGAGAGUCUUGGAGCUCCCACCGACGCGGGAUCAUUGCGUCAGACUCCACGAGAAAUGUGGAGCGCCAGAUCGCAGCCAGCACGAGGAGUGCUGAGACACGGGAGCGGAGAGCACUGAGACACGGACUGUUCACGGAGAGACACGACACGGGAGUCAGGGGAAAGCACGGGGUUUAUUGUUGUUAUUUCCACACACUGUAAAUAAACGCACUGUUUAUACACAGAGCACCGCGCCUGGGUCCUCCUUCCCCACACCCCCCACGGUUUGCCAUGCCAUACCGUGACAGUGGUGAACUACAUUGUAGUAAAAGCAGGUAGCACCACUGUGGAUGCCACCUCGGCCCCCCUCUCCUGGGCGUGACCACCAGCAAAGAUGCAUAUAUAGAGAGAUAGACAGAGGUAGCACAACAUUCUUCCAGAGACACCAACAGACACCAGCUGCAGAAUCACCAUAGAGCCUCCUGAACAACAGCCUUCAUCGUCUUCAUUCUCCAUCAGAACUGCAGAAGAUAUAGCUGUGUCUUUUAGCUCUGUCAGCUGAUUGGCGGCCUACAUCAUGCUCCGCCCCCUGAUCAUCCUGUCUGUUUUCAGCUUGCUGACUGUAGUGAGCAACAGUGAAGAAGUGGAGGGGCGCAUCCGCCUGGUUGGAGGAAACGGCUUGUGUUCUGGCAGGGUGGAGAUCUUCCACAGUGGGCAGUGGGGGACGGUGUGUGAUGAUAUAUGGGACCUAGUGCAUGCUCAGGUGGUGUGUAGACAGCUGGGCUGCGGCAGCGUCAUCUCAGCACCAGCAAGUGCUCAGUUUGGUGAGGGCACUGGACCCAUCUGGUUGGAUGAUGUCAGUUGCUUAGGCAGUGAAUCACAUCUCACUCAGUGCCAGCACUUACCAUUUGGAUCUCACAACUGUGAACACUAUGAGGACGCUGGUGUCAUCUGUGAAGAAAACCCUGUGAACUCCACCUGCACUGUGACCGGCCCCACUAUCAUUGAUGUCCAUGGCCAGAUUAACUUCAUCCAGGAUCGGUGUGCGUACUCUCUGUUCUCGAUUCCAUCACUCCCAGAUUUCCAUGUUCAGGGGAACUUUGAGGACCGCCGUCGUAAAGAUGUGAGCUUUUUGGACAGUGUGACGCUGCGUGUGGGCGGGCAUGUCAUUCACCUGGAACAAGGUGGGAGAAUUCAGCUGGACGACACCACACUGACCCUCAGCAGUUCGCCUCAGCUGGUUCAUGGUGUGCAGCUCUCUAAGGACCAAACUGGAGUCACUGCCAAGCUGUCGCUCUCCAACCUCAUCAUCUCUGUCUUCUUUGAUGGCUACACCGCACAGAUCCUCUUACAAGGACCUGCUGGUACAUCUGUGGAGGGUCUGUGUGGAACCUCCAGCAUGUCUCUGAGUGACCUGAGGCUCUCUGAGUACAGCUCCCCCAGCUGUGAGAUGCAGUACAGUGAGCCUGCUGACAGCACGAUCAACUGCAACAGCGUGACUGAACGCUGUAAUCUCCUGAAGGAGGCGCCCUUCUCCUCCUGUAACAGUGACAUCGACCCAGAGCCCUACAUAACCGCCUGCACCCACACUUUGUGUAAAUAUCCUGCAGUGGACGGACUCAACUGUCAGUUCCUGAAGGCCUACGCCAGAGCCUGCAGUCUACACAACCACACUCUGGAUGGCUGGAAGUCAAACGCUGGCUGCUCCUCUGAGGCCUUCUGUCAGGACAGGACCUGCAGCAAUCACGAGUUCUGUGGUGAGAAGACGGUCGAUGGUGACACUCACUGCUUCUGUCGGGCCAUUUUUGCCUCCAAGUACCAAGAAAACGACUCUUUGGGUGAUCCAACAGUCUGCAUGCAGGACUCUGCUUCAGUCACUCUGGUCGGUUGUCUCCUGGAGGACAAAGGCAUCGACUACUCUGCCUUACACCUCAACGACCCGACCUGCAGGGGUCAGGUGGACGAGCUCACCCACAAGGUGACCUUCAACUUCGACAGCAGCAACAGGUGUGGGACGGUGGUCACGACUAACAACAGCCAAGUGAUCUACAAAAACACCAUCAUGACCCAGAACAGCUCCUCUGACAUCAUCACUCGUCUCGACCAAAUCUCCAUCGACUUCUCCUGCGUCCAAACUCAGCCGGACAUCAAGACUGCCACCUUCAGGAUCAGAGACAGGUGUGUGGUGGCUGCUGGUUUUCUUUGA